AUGACCUCAGGCUCUGUACACCAAACCGUGCACCACUGGUGGGAGCAGAUGAUCCACCUGACUAACCAUCGACUUGGAUAUAUCAUCACCGCAUUGCUGACUAUUGUCGUAGCGUAUUCCUUUCGGCGGCCCGGCUCUAGGCUAAGCAAAGUUCCGCUAAUCAAUCCACGGCCAAGACUGUCUGUCACCAACCAUGAGGUUAAGGUACGGACCUGGCCCUCAACUCUUACAUACCGUAAAGCAUAUCUAGAACACGAUGUCUUCCAGAAAGCCUUCAUGCAAACAGCUCGGGAGCUCAUGUCUAAAGCACGAAUUCUGUAUGCUGACCAACCGUACCGACUCAACACUGAUUUGGGCCAAGUCAUUGUGCUGCCUUCAUAUCUAGCAGAAGAGCUCAAGAAUUCCCCGGCUCUCAGCUUAGCGACCGCCAAUCAGGACGACUUCCAUGGGGAUAUCCCUGGGUUUGAGCUGUCAAAAGUUGGCACUGCAGACGACAUCUUAGUACAGACUAUAGUUCGCAAACAGCUGACAAAAAACCUUGGAUGGACGGAAUUGACUGUGCGACCGGUCAUGCUCGACAUCGUUGCUCGGAGCGGCGCGCGGGCUUUCCUGGGCAACACGCUAAGCGAGAACGAAGAUUGGAAACGGGUGACGAAGCUCUACGUCGUUUCCCUCUUCAAUGCUGCUGUGGUGCUACGGCUAUACCCGAAACCGCUAAGGAGGUUUGUGCACUGGUUUUUGCCUCAGUGCAAAGCUUUGCGACAUGAAGCCGCGGAAGCGAAACGAAUCAUUGAGCCAAUUAUCCAGCAGAGACGGGAAGCCAAGACUACUGCAGAGAGAGAGGGUCGCGUGGUCACAGAAUAUAACGAUGCCAUCGAUUGGACCGAGAGGGAGGCAACUUCGAAGAACAUGACGUACGAUGCGGCAUUGCUCCAGAUCAAGCUUUCGGUUGCAAGCAGCCAUUCCACGACGGAUUUGCUGACGCAGGUCGUUCUUGUCCUAGGCGAGCACCCAGAGCUCUUCGAACCACUGAGAGUUGAGAUCAUUGACGCACUCAGAACUGACGGAUGGAAGAAAGCAUCGAUUGCAAAGCUGCAACUAAUGGACAGUGUCAUAAAGGAAUGCCAAAGAAUCAAGCCCGGUGCAUUGACUACGAUGCGCCGCCGGGUGGAAAGACGCAUACAGCUCUCGAACGGCCUGUUGUUGCAGCCGGGUGAUCGUGUGACUUUUGAGUCUGCAUUUCGGAUGUGGGACUCUAAUGUCCACGAGAGAGCCGAGCAAUGGGAUCCAUACCGCUUCUUGCGUAUGCGGUCGCAGCCGGGCAAAGAGAGCCUUGCCCCUUUAGAAGCUGUGAGCUCCGACCACAUGGCUUUCGGCUACGGCCAGCACGCUUGUCCUGGACGUUUUUUCGCAGCGAACCAGAUCAAAAUCUCCCUCUGUCACCUUCUGAUCAAGUAUGACUAG